AUGGCGCCACCGACGUCUCCUAUCUCACAACGUACACGUUCAGGAACAGCCAACUCGGCUGAACUUCUUGGUGACAGCAGCGAAGAGACUAUUCAGCGAGGCAAAACUCACGACAAUAUUUCUGCACCUUACAAUAUUAACAAGCCCUUAGAACCUAAAGAGGUCUCUAAUAGGCGUGAUACUCGUAAAAAGAAACAACAGGUUCAGUUUAGUACUAAUAUCACUGGCCCAGCUCAACAAGAGGCUUCUCCAAUAUUCUUGCAUCAUUCGCCCAAAACGAUCAAUAACAAUGUCGACCAAUCAAAUUUGCAGAAUUCGAAUGUAAACAAAAAUGAUGGAAAUAAACAAAUACCGGAGCAAAUCAUUGGUCAAUCAUCUGCCGAUCAAAACAUUCCUAAACCAGUUAACAAAAAUGUUGAUCAACAAAUCGAACUACCCGAUAUAGAUAUGAUCGACAGCACACAUGAGGACAUUCUAGAACAACCCCGUAAAUUAGAACAAGAAAAAAUCUUGGCUAAAUUGCACGUGCAAAUAGAUGAUGCUAAUAAUAUAAAUGAAUAUAGAAAAUUUAUUAAAGUGGUACAAAACCACAUUUUGGAAGACGCGGGUUUAAAACAAGAAAAUAUUAUUAAUCUUCAAACCCAAGUCAUAACGCAAAAGAACGACAAUAAUAACAAGGAUAAACAAAAGGAAGAUGGGUCCUCUCAGACUCCUAGGGUCAUUACUGGAAUUGCUCUUUUAGCUACUAUAAUUUCCCGUGAUACUCUUAUCAGUUUAAUUGAAACCCCGUACAGUUGCGAUAAUAAAGAAUAUUACUUUGAAGAAGUUAUUACAGCAAAAGCUAAACAAUUACAAAAAAAUAAAAAUUCACGUGAUAGAGUAGUUCAAAUUUUUAACGCCUCGUUAAGGCUUACUACUGCGAUUAAUAUCAAGCCAUUUAUGAGGAAAUAUGGUGAUAUAGAAGAGGAGGAAUGUUAUUCAAGAAGACCUUACGCACAUGCACCAAAUCGUCAAGUGAUUUAUAUCACCUUUAAAGAAGCCAAUAGCGUCACACAAUUUUAUAAUAAUCACGUGUUAUGGAUAUAUGGUGAGAUGUUAUGUGUGACUCCUUUUUUAAUGGAAAAAGAAAAUAGAGACAAAUUGAAAUUGUAUUGUAAGAAAUUGAAUGGGCUUCCACCUAAUGUUCAAGCCAUAGAAUUUAAGAGUUUUGUAGAUAAUCAAGAAGUAGUGGAAUUUUUUAUUCUACGAAAUACUUACACUAACGAGACACAAAAAUAUGCUUAUGUAUACUUUAAGACAGAAGCGGCUAUGGAAGAGGCAGUCAAAGUGCCGCUUUCUGUUCGAAACAAAAUAUCAGAAUGGUCAGAACCACAAGAACAGUCUUGUUUUAGAUGCGGCUAUACUGGUCAUUUUAUUAGAGACUGUGAUUACGUUCCACCGAGGACACGUCCAAUGAAGAAAAAUGAAUAUUUUCGACAAAUCAGGGAAAUACGUCAAGAUAGAUAUUCUAGGAAUAGACAAAUUACCAAUCAAAGGCCAACAACUUAUGCACAAAUGGUGGCUAGAGGAGGUAAUAGAAACAAAUAUAGAAAUAAUUAUAAUAAUCAACAAAAUCGAAGACAGCAAUGGAAUGGUAGGUAUAUAGAUAGAUCAUGGAAUAGAAACAAUAUUAAUAGGUACAAUGAAGAAGAAGAAAUUCAUGACACCUACAACGAAGAUUGCGAUGGAGAAAUGAGUUCAGAUGAAACGGAAAUGUAUGAAUGGGAAGAACCAUCACAUCGAGGUUUAAGUUCACGCCCUAAGUCACGUGAUUUUAUAUCUGGUACUAGGAGAGGAGGAUCGAUGCACAUGAAUAAUGAAGAAAGAAAAGAAUUUAAUCAAAUAAACACGAAUGAAAGUCUAAAUGAAAUCAGGAAUGACUUUGCUAAAAUUAAAGAUAUGAUGGAUUGUCUCAUGAAAGACCAAUCAUCUAUGAGAAAAGAACUCGAAGUGAUUAAAAUUCAGAAUAAUACAAAUCUUAAAGACAAAUCUCAAAGACUGACACAAGCCACUAACAGUAAUAAAAAAAGAGAAGGGGUCAUUUUUAAUAGUGGUGGUAAACGAACAAGGAAUGAAGAAAGUAGUGAUUCUGACAAUGUUGCCGCAAAUAAUGUACAAAUGCUAUCUAAUCGACUCGAUAAUACUGACAACACUAUGAAAAAUAUAAUGAAUAUGCUUCAAAAAAUGGGUGACAAAUUCAACCAUAUCAGCAGUUUUCAAGAAGAUAACACAAAUCAUACUGCUAAAAAUAACAACAAUAACUACAACACCGGAAAAGGCGCUAUCAUUAAGGGGGAUGAUAACGCUUCAACUUCAAACAACAAUAAUUAUUAA